UACCUGUCUCCUGCCUGGCCACAACAACUGGUUUGGCUCUUCAGGACAGUGGCAGAAGAUGCUGCUUCUCCCUCUGCUCACAAGUGCUUUUCUCCUUGUCCCAUGGGCUGGGGCUGGAAGGAUCAUUGGUGGGUCGGAAGUUAAGCCCCACUCCCGGCCCUACAUGGCUUAUUUAUCAACUGGGAAGUCUAGAUGUGGAGGAUUCCUGAUUCAGCCAGAUGCAGUGCUCUCAGCAGCUCACUGUGUGGCUGGAAAAAAAAACGUGACUGUCAUUGUGACCCUGGGAGCCCACAAUGUAGAGAAGAGGGAGCUGAGCCAGCAGAAGUUCCAUGUUCGCCACUGGGUCAUCCAUCCCAAGUAUUCACAAAAUACCUCAGAAAAUGACAUCAUGCUGCUGAAGCUGAAGCCAAAGGCGAAGUUGACUAAGAAAGUCUCUUGUAUCUCCUUGCCAAGUGACAAUGAGCGUGUGAAACCAGGAACUAAAUGCAACGUGGCUGGCUGGGGCAGAACAUCAACAUCAGGGAGUGUGAGCAGUGUGCUGAGGGAGGUGGACCUAGAAGUGCAGUGUGACAACGUGUGUGGAGAACAUCUCAAAAAGUACUAUCGGCAAACGUCUAUGAUCUGUGCUGGUGAUGAGAAUAGCAAAAAAGCAUUUUUCGAAGGUGAUUCUGGCGGCCCAUUAGUCUGCAAUGGAAAGGCUCAUGGCAUUGUUUCUUAUAGACACAAAUAUUCCAUCUUCCCUGAAAUAUUUACCAGAGUCUCCAAUUUUGUACCCUGGAUACGUAAAGAGCUGAGGAAGUUUGCACUCCAAGACCUACCUGACUCUCCCUCUUCUGACUAAAAUGCUCAGUGCCCUGUUUCCGCAAUGCAUCAAACAUCUGCUUCCAGGGACAGCUGAAAUGGAGUCAGAGAUACUCUCGUGGCAUAUGCACAGGCUUCUGAGCUAAGGAAUAUCUCCGUAGCAAGGUAAAAACGCAGAUCCCAAGUACACACAGUUUUAUGUUACUCCCUUCUUCUCAUGGCUCUACCUCCUGCUCUGCUUUCUGCCCACCAAUAAAAGCAUGUUCAAACUUG